GGAAAAUGGCAGAGUUGAACAUCCUUAAACGUCACGAUAUUUUAUGGAACGACAAAAAUGAAGUGGUCAGUUGUAUAUUUGGUUCUUUUUCUGGCAAUCAUUGAAGAGAGGAACAAAGUAAAUGCUGUUUCGAAAGAUGGAGUCGCAAAGACCGCUUCGACAAAAGUGCCAAAGGUUAAGGUUGAAAAAGCAGUUCCUUCUACCGCCCCAGUGAAAAAAACAAAAUCGGAACCAAAGCAGCAAGAGACAAAGAAAACCGCAAAAAAUGCAACCUCAACAAAGGUCAAGGUUAAUAAAUCAGGAAAUAGGAACACCAUUCACGUGAUUAACAUCAAGGUCGAUUUACCUCCCUCUAACGACAAUUCAACGACCAGUCAUAAUAACUCGACAAAUUCGUCCACGAGCACCGUGAUCCAACCCCAGAAAGAUUACACCAUCGUUGGAGACUACAAAAUUUUCAAAUACGAAGAUGACCAUAUCAAGAAAGAUGACUGUCCGCCAUAUUGGCACAAAUACGACAAAAACUGCUAUCUCUUUAGCAGAGACCGCCUCAACUGGUACAAGGCAUCAAUGAAGUGUUUUGAGUUGGGAGGGUUCUUAACCACGGUUGAAAGUUCCAUCGAAAAUACAUACAUCAUAAAUCAACUGAAAGCGUACAAGAUAAACAGAGGCGCUUGGAUGGGUCUUAAUACGGUUCUCCACCCAAAAAAGCACACCUGGCACUGGGGGUUCUCUGGAAGCCAAAACCACGGCUUUGACUGGUAUGGAUUCGAACCCGCGUACAAGAAGAAGGGCGAUUUUCUGUGUGCCAUUUUCUGGAAGACCUAUCACUUCCAUUGGCAUGUCGAGAGUUGUUCACAGGAAAACUACUAUAUCUGCAAGAUUAAACUGAAGGAAUCCUGCUCUUGUACGUUCUAAGAUGCUACAGAAUUUAAAUGGGAAAAUGCACUUAAUUACCCCGCUAGUAUGUGAUUGUGUAUUUAUUAAAAGACGAGGUGUUGAU